GUCAGUCUUGUGAUGUAAAAAUGAUAACAAUUGUCAAAAGACAUUAAUUUAUGUAUCAAAAUCUUGCAAAUAAUCAACAUUUUUAAAUAUGGGAUGUUGUUACAGUUGUGAUGAAGAAAGACCCACACAGAAUGGAGAACCAAAUGAAAGAACUCAUUUACUUGUAGAUCCAGUUAGUAGCAGCACAAAUAUUCUAAUAAACAAUAGUGAUAGUUAUCUAAGUCAAUAUCCAAAUUCAUUACCUAAGAAGACUGAUGAGCAAUCUGCAUUAAACAGAAUAUUACAAGAAACAGCGUCGAAUGUAAUAGAUGUUGCAGCGUUGGAUUCCCAUAAUUUAGAACAACAAGAAUAUGCAGACCGAAUACGGCAAUAUUUACAACGUGUCCAACAAACAUUUAGUAAUCAUAAUACGAUACCAACAUUAACUACACCAUGUUUAUUAACAGAUAUUCCAACACCAGAAAAAAUUCUUACAUCAAUUGACAUAACAAAUGACGAUUGGGAUUUAAUAACGAAUAGUGUUGCACAAGCGGUUAUCGCUGUUGGUGAUCUCAAAGUUGAACAUAAAGAGGAUUUAGUUGUACCGUUUCGAAUUCCUUAAAUAUUUUUUUAUUGUAAAAAUCGACACUGACUUUAUAAAAAAAAAUAUAUUAUUACCCUGCCUAUGAUAUACAUAAUAUUAAUUUAGUUAACUGAACGUUUAAUUCAAAUCACUGCUUUUCAAUUGGUUUCUUUUUAGUGUAUCCGUUAGAAUAUUAUUGUGUCGUAUGCCUUAAAAUUUACUUAACAAGCAAUAUUUCUUUAAGUAUCAUGUGUCGCGAGAAAUAAAAAAAUUAUAUCUGUCUAUAAGUUUUGACAAUUAAUUUUAAGCAUUUUUUUUUAUAGAAAUAGUUUUCUUAUUCUACGAAACCAACUCAGUAAAAUUCGAUUGAAAUUUAAAAAAAAAAUAAAUAAAGUUUAAAGAUAUGAAGUUUAUAUGCAUCCCUACAAACUUCGUUUCGGGAAGCUGGAUUAAAAUUAUAUGGAAAAAAAGUGGGGAAAGUCACAGACUUAAGUUUCUCGAAUAAACGAAACAUCUUUGGACUUUAAAAGUUUGUCAAAAGUUGAUUUUAUUUUUUGUAUAAUAAGAAACAUGAUCAAUUUUUGUUGACUUUGAGUUGAGACAUACAUAUUUAUUCAAGUGACAGACUAAUUACCAGAAUCAUGGAGGUUAGAAAGAAGGAGAACGAUCGCUGUAGGAAAUAGUGUCCCAGGAAUACGGACAAAAUAAGUGAGGCGCUGCGAUCGCUAAGUUGUCUCAAUAAAAGCGGGCUAUUGUUAAAUUUGUACAUUAUGAAACUAACUUCACCUACUUAUACUCAUAAACAACUAACUUCGCAGAUACUACUUAUCGACGAAUUUUCAGGGACAGGCGCGCUAA